AUGCCUCAGGUUCGCCGUAUUGCUCAGAUCGUCCACCUCAAGCCAUCUGCCGUGGUAGCAUACAAGGAAUGCCAUGCCAAUGUCUGGCCUGAAGUCUUGCAGCAGAUCAAGGACUGUAACAUCAUAGACUAUUCCAUUUUCUUCGACAAUGAGCGCACUCUAUUCGCUACCUUCAAAUAUGUUGGCACGGACUUUGAUGGCGACAUGGAGAAGAUGCGGGCGAACCCUAAGGUUCGAGAGUGGUGGGCCAUGACUGAUGGCAUGCAGGAGAGCCCUAUCCCUGGCGCUAUCGGUAGUGCCGAGGGUCCUGGUUGGUGGAAGGUGCUGGACGAGGUCUUCUACACCGAGUAA